AUGGGUCACGAUGGUGGUACAAAUACAGUAGUGACUAAAGGUGGGGUGGUGAUGGUAAAAGUGGUGGUGCUUUUAGUUGAUAGUGAUGACAACAUUGGUAAGAUGUUGGUGGCGAUGCAAAUCAGUAAAGAUGGUAGGGAAGAGAUCCUCAACCGGGCGACGACUCCACCUGAUCUGAUCCUUACCCACAACUUAGGUUGGUUAGCUGCUUUACAAUUGGAACAAGGAAUGGGUUUAAAAUCUUCAAUUGUAAUACUGGAAGUCUCCUUUUUGGACGAGAAAUUGGAUAUAUCACGGUUGAGGAAAUUGAGAUCGGUUUUGGCAUCCCUGGGAUUGAAGCAAGGAAGAACCCUAGAAGAUUGCAAAAUGAUGAUAAAGAAAGUGGAUGUUGAUGGCGAUGGAAGGGUGAAUUACAGAGAAUUCAGACAGAUGAUGAAAAAUGUGUGGCUUACUAAUAGUUCAGAACUCAAGUCACAGAGCCUAAUUGCAUCAGACGUGUUCGUGUGCGAGAAAUGGAGAGAGAUGGACCUGGAUGAGGUUGGUCUACUUGGUUCUGCAUUUCGUGUGAAAAACAGCAAAAAGUUGAAGCUCUGA